GGCGCCUCCUGGCCGGGGUCAUCGUGGGCCUGCAGGUCUCCGGUUGCGCCCCUCAGCGUGUCAGCCUGUCCGGUCAUGAUUGUCCAGGGAAUGAUAAUCACAUGAGAGCACUUAUUGGUACAGAUGCCACUCUGCUUAUCCAAGAAAAUCUGUCUAAAAAUAUCCAUAUGAUCACUUUCAUCUCUUUAUCAAAUGACUUGAUGGAUUCCCUUUAUUCUGAUUCAUACCAAAGCCAUCCUCAACCAAAGCAAGAAAGGAUCCCGAAUGAAUCGGUCCCAGAAUGCCAUUUUUACAUCACCAAGAGGUGAAGAAAACCUCAUGAACAGCAAUCACAGAGACUUGGAGAGCAUCACUGAUGUCUGCUCCGAUGGGGACCUCCCUGAAGUCGAGCUGGUGAACCUGCUAGAGGAGCAGCUGCCUCAGUACAAGCUGAGGGUGGACUCACUCCUCCUGUACAAGAACCAGGACUGGGCGCAGUCGCCGCUCCAGCCGCAGCAUGUGUCUGAUACCCUCUCGCCAGUCCUUGCUGAAGAGACUUUCCGAUACAUGAUUCUAGGCACAGACAGAGUGGAGCAGAUGACCAAAACAUACAAUGACAUCGACAUGGUUACACAUCUCCUUGCAGAGAGGGAUCGUGACCUGGAGCUAGCCGCUCGAAUUGGACAAGCGCUCUUAAAGCGGAAUCAUGUCUUAUCCGAGCAGAAUGAAGCGCUGGAAGAGCAGCUGGGGCAAGCCUGCGAUCGCGUUAAUCAGCUGCAGCAUGAGCUGUCCAAGAAAGAGGAGUUGCUUCGAAUCGUGUCCAUUGCUUCUGAAGAGAGUGAAACUGAUUCCAGCUGUUCUACACCUCUUCGGUUCAAUGAGUCCUUUACCUUAUCUCAGGGUUUACUGCAGUUGGAUAUGUUGCAAGAAAAGCUCAAGGAACUGGAAGAAGAGAAUAUGGCCCUUCGGUCCAAAGCUUGUCAUAUCAAGACAGAAACUUUUACCUAUGAAGAGAAGGAACAACAGCUUGUCAGUGACUGUGUUAAAGAACUCUGUGAAACAAAUGCUCAGAUGUCCAGAAUGACGGAAGAAUUGUCAGGAAAGAGCGAUGAACUGAUGCGGUACCAGGAAGAGAUCUCCUCCCUGCUAUCUCAGAUUGUGGAUCUUCAGCACAGACUUAAAGAACAUGUAAUUGAGAAGGAAGAGCUAAGACUUCACCUGCAAGCUUCCAAAGAUGCCCAGCGUCAGCUGACGAUGGAGCUGCAUGAGUUACAAGACAGAAACAUGGAGUGUCUGGGGAUGUUACAUGAAUCCCAAGAAGAAAUAAAGGAACUUCGUAGUAGAUCUGGCCCUGCUGCUCAUCUCUACUUCUGCCAGUCCUAUGGACCUUUCACUGGGGAAUCUUUGGCAGCUGAGAUUGAGGGAACCAUGCGUAAAAAGUUGAUUUUGGAUGAGGAAUCUUCUUUCUUUAAACAAAAAGCCCAGCAGAAACGGGUAUUUGAUACUGUCAAGGUUGCCAAUGACACACGGGGCCGCUCUGUCCCUCUUCCAGCUCUGCUACCCAUCCCAGGGUCCAGCCAUUCCAGUGUCAUCAUGACAACAAAGCCUUUUGAGUCUGGUGUACAGCAGACAGAGGACAGAACACUGCUGGGCCAGGGGAGCAACUCCAAGGAGGUUCCAGACAGCUCCCAGCCAGGACCCUCUGCAGACAGUGACUUGGCUGUAGCACUGCAUCGUCUCAGCCUGCGUCGGCAGAACUACCUCAGUGAGGAGCAGUUCUUUGCUGAAGAGUGGGGACGGAAGAUCCAGGUGCUGGCGGACCAGAGAGAAGGGGUUAGUGGCUGUGACACCCCCCCGGAGAGCCUUGCCUCCCUGUGCACUGACCAGUUGGAGAUCAGCAGCACCAGUUGCCUUCGAGGAUUUUUGCCAGAAAAAUUACAAAUUGUCAAGCCCCUGGAAGGAUCACAAACUCUGCACCACUGGCAGCAGCUUGCUCAACCAAAUUUGGGGACCAUUCUUGACACACGACCAGGUGUCAUUACGAAAGGCUUUACCCAGUUGCCCCAGGAUACUGCCAUCUAUCACAUCUCAGAUUUAGAGGAGGAUGAAGAGGAGGGCAUCACUUUUCAAGUUCAGCAGCCUCUUCCGGUAGAGCAGAAACCUGAUGUAUCCAAGCCAGCUGUUGGGAUUUUCCUGCCACACAUCAGUUCAGCAGAUGGACCUGUUACAGUUGCAACCUCUAACCCAGGGAAGUGUCUGUCGUGCACGAACUCGACAUUCACCUUUACCACCUGCAGGAUACUACACCCUUCUGAUGUCACUCAGGUUACCCCGAGCUCUGGCUUCCCUGCACUGUCCUGUGGAAGCAGCGGCAGCGGCUCAUCAAGCACAGCUGUGAACCCCCCAGCCUUGCCCUACAUGCUUAGCACGGGUGAGUCCAUCACCAACCGACGAGACUCCACGACAACCUUCAGUAGCACCGUGAGCUUGGCCAAACUCCUACAAGAGCGGGGCAUCUCUGCUAAAGUGUACCACAGCCCAGUGUCCGAGAAGCCUCUUCUCCAAGUGCGCCCCCAACCUCCGGCCACACCUUCCACACCCCCGAAUUCCCCGUCUCAUUCACAGUGCGCCUCUCCGGUGUCCUUUGAGCACCGAGUGCAUCUCUCUGAAAACUUUUUGGCCUCUCGCCCAGCUGAAACCUUCCUCCAGGAGAUGUAUGGCUUGAGACCCUCCCGGAACUCUCCUGAUGUGGGCCAGCUGAAGAUGAACCUGGUGGACAGGCUGAAGAGGCUGGGCAUAGCCAGAGUGGUCAAGGCCCCCAACACACGGGCAGAUGGGAGAAGCCAAGAGGCAGACAUCGGUCUUCAGAAAGCAGACUCUGCUGUGUAUUUAAAUUCGAGGAGCAGCUUAUUGGGUGGGCUGAGGAGAAAUCAGAGUCUUCCAGUCAUGAUGGGGAGCCUUGGUGGCCUGGUUUGCACAUCAGCCCCGAGAAUGGACGUCCUGAAGGAGGACUGAGGCUCAGUGGUAAGCCAGUCUGUUGUCCAGGGUGGCACAGGAAGGGCAACUGUGCACUGACUUGCGCAGUGUGGUCUGACUAGAGGGAAUGUCGCCGAAGGCUGUGAAUGUGGAGAGGGACGUGAAGGGUUGGGAACAAAGCCGGGAUGAGGUCUGGUAAAUUGGAAGUGUAAAUGAUGGUCUGGGAGUGUCUGGAGACGGGAAAACGAAAGGCCUCAUACCCUCCUUCAGUUGAGCUUUCUUGUCUUGAAAAUAAAAACUGAGUAGAGAAUAAAUUCUAAAAUAUUGAAACCUACCAGAAAUAUCUUCCCUUCUGCUGAGCUUAGCAGGAGGCUGAGAGAGGACAGCAGCUGGGCUCUGCAGGCAGCAGCUGCUUUACAGGCAGGCACAGCAGGCGCCGUGAGACCUUUGCCCCUGCUGAUGUCCGAUUAAACCACAAGGCCGGCUCCUGCAUGUGCGCAGCACUAGCGAGACAGGGAUUUUAUGUAUUUCACUAGAUCCAAGUACAAACUUCUCCUUUCUCUUUUCAAAUCUUUGAGACACUGGGGGCCCAAAUACCAUCUAAAUUUGUAUUUGUGAUUACCAAAAGUUCAUUUUUAAAAUUUGUAUUUUUAUACAGCAUAAAAAAAACAUGGAUAAGGGUUAGGAGAGAUUUACUGUAAGAAGAAAAAUAUGAGUCAUUUAGAACCAAGGAACCUUGUUUUUAUAAUAUUUCUUCUGGGCAAUACAGCGGCCAAGGAGUACAAACAUAAUUGUCUUUCAGAUUUCCUUAGAGGCUGGAAGGAUUAAGCCAGAAGUGCAAUCUUUAGCAAUUAGAUUAUGUCUUAUAUUUAUAUAUCUAAUUUGUUUUGUAAGGAAAGUUGAUUGCAACUUUUCCCAAAGUGCACUAUGCAUAUUUUUAAUGAAGAUGACAUGUAUUUGCACAAUAAUUCUCAGGCACAUUAAAUUAUUAUCAACUAAAGUUAUAAACCCAGGUGCUUGCUUUGACAGUGUGUGUUGUUUUCGUUUUUUCCUAAUGUAUGUUAAAACACAUCUGCCUCGUUCUUGGUAUCUGUGGAAUUAAAGAAUGAACUUUUUAAUGGGAGAGUAAAAGCUACUUUUUCUCUGAGGUUCUUUUUGUGCUAACUGAAGUAGCAGGGCCAGACUGUGAGGUUAGGGGCCAGCAUUCAGCAUUGAGGCACAAAGAUGACCUGGGAGGAAGCGGUCUGUGUUCUUGAUGCGGUGUGGGUGUGCUCCUGGCUGGGGGCUGGCUGUGUAGGCCCUCAGGAGGAAAGGAGGUGCAGGCAGGUGAGGGAGUGGCUUACUCUUUUGUUGAUAAAAACAGAUGUAUCACCUGAUCUUUUUGGUGCUUAAUUUGCUAUUGUUUUUACUCCUUUAACCUGACUUAGUUGAAAGGCAGUUUUCUGAAGAAUUCUUCAUGCCCACUCUGUUCCCUGCUCGCCUGAGCUGGGGUGAAGGGGAGGCGUCCCCUCCUCUCUUCUCCUGUGCUGCUUUCCCUGCAUGAAGAGCUUGUGCUCCAAAGUGUAGAAAAUCCAACACCUGUGCAGUGAUAAGAACGUGUGAGUUCUUCUGCUUUUUAGACUCUUCUUUUAAAUAGAUGUUUUAAAAACAGGUGAUGGAGAGGCAUUGCCUCCUUUUCUCCUUUGCCCAGUCUUGAAUCUGCGCACACAUUUACAAGGUAUCCCAGGUCACUAUCUGUCCCUGAAUAGAUCAAGCACUGAAACAGGAGAGGUCCUGAUGUUUAAAAUUUCUAAAUCUCCGAAUUCACUUUUUUAAAAAUAGCAUUUUAAUUUCUACUACAGAAAGUAACUCUGGGUUGCUUCCUUUAGUCAGCUCUUAAAGCUAUUCAUUUGUUCUGUAAGAAAAGGCAUUUCCAUUACCUGGACAUUCACAUCUUACAAGAACAUCAGAAGUAGUAAAAUGUGGGGCCAGGGAGAGGUACAGUGUUAAAUUAUCAGACUUAUACAUUGUGUAAAUCACUGGAAGCUAGAUUUUGUAGUGUUCUAUGUUAAGUAUAAUUUGUAUACUUUUUAUAAUCAAUUCCCAGAUGAUCAAUGGAGGCAGAGUGGGUGUUUCAGCAUCCAAACGAGCACAGCUGACUAAACAAAACCAGACUUAGGUUUGGAAAUGAGAUUGAUAUAGAUGUUCUGUCUGAACCAGGAGUUGUAGACUGGAGCAUGCUAUUCUGUAGAAAUGAAUCCUGUCUUGACUCUUCUGCAGUCUCUACCUGAAAUCAUUUUGGUACAGCCUGAGAGUCCGUUACACCAGAAUUGUCUGCAGCGUGUGGUAAGAGCUGGAGCCUUACAGCAGGCUCCUCGGCUCACCUGUGUCUCGCUUUAGCUCUGUAGAAUCAGUUGAGUGUGCACUUUCUUGCCAGUAUGGGAAAUCCCAAUUUCUUUUAAUUCAUUCUUUGGCAGUUUUAAGCAAUUAUACCCCAGGUAUUUCUGAAUAUCCUGUUAUCUAGUAAGGGAGAUGACCUUUGUGAGCUCAAAAUUUAAAGUUCUCCUGAAUUAUGAAGACUCCAAAUCUGUGUAAAUAGCCUUAGCCUUAGCCUCUUUGGGGAGAAGUUAAUGACUAUUGUUAAAGUCAUUUUUUUUUUUAAGUUUUAGCUGUUGCCCUUGAUUUGACAUAAAGAUCAGGCUUUGGCAAGGGAGGAAGUAAGAGGCCAAUUACAGGUGGGCAUAAAUGUCUAUAAAAAUAUUUAAAAUGUAAAAGACAUAGUUUAUGCAGUAUUCAUAUCUUGUUAUUUUUCUGAUUAUCGCGGUACAUGAUUGACGCUGGGUGGGCCUCACGUCACCUUCAGACUUGAGGAACCAGCGCCCUCAGUGUGCUCUGCCUGCGGGUUGUGUUCAGCUGUGCAGCCCGCGGGGUGGCCACAGCGCCCUCUGCGGGGGUAUCUGGGAAAUGCCACUGUGUAAGGUAUGGGACCUGAAGGUUUGUCAGCUGUAAAUCAAAUAAACAU